AUGGCUUCACAUGCUUCCACAUUGCCCAACACCCGUGAAGAGGUUGAGGCAUGGCUUCUCAACACCUUUAACACGUUCGACAGCCGUGACGUGACAGUAUUGAACAAGAUCUUCUCCAAGAAAGGAGAGUUGCAUUUCGCAAACAACCCAGUCCUCAAGGGUCUCGACGAGAUCAGACAGUGGUUCACGCCGAACUUUGAAGUUCUCGGUCACAUGAAACACGUUCCCAUCCUGUUCGACAAGGUGGACGAGAAGAUCUGGUUCACAACCGAGAUCUCGUACCGGGUGAAAGGGGAUCCGGAAAACGAGACAAUCACUCUACCCGGGUCCGCCCUUGCUACCUUGGUUACGGAGGGCGAGGAGACCGGCAAGAUGGCGAGGUUUCAAGUGUUUCUGGACAACAGGCCCGUCGUAGAGAAGGUUGAGGCCGUGCUGAAGCUUACGGCUGCGAAAGAAUCUGAGACUUAG